AUGUCCUUUUUGUUUGGCAAGAAGAACAAGCCGUCGCCCAGCGCCCUCCCAGCGGCCACGCGCGAAAUCACCUCGUCACACGGCCAGACGCCCCAGCCAGCAUCGCUCAACGGAGCAGCUACCCGCGACAUCAGUUUUGAGAAGAAUCGUGCGGGCGCGCAGUCGCAGACACCUACGCCCGGCGGCAGCGUCAACAAUUCGCUCAGCUCGCUGCAGAAUCCGGGCCUUUCCAGCACACCAGAACCCAAGGCAUUGCGCGAGCGGGCAGAGUCCAACGGUCAGAAUGCACCUGCCAGAACCACUGCUGCACCCCCUGCCGAAUCGCCUUAUCCCUGGUCCUCGCGUCGCCUGAACUUCACGGCCGGCAAUCCCUUUCCUCGAUACGGCGCCGCAAUCAACGCUACGGCUUCCAAAGAUGGCACCAUAUAUCUCAUGGGAGGUCUCGUGGGCGGCGCAACCGUCAAGGGCGAUUUGUGGCUGACCGAGAUGGGCAAUGGUAGUCUGUCCUGCUACCCCAUCUCCACCACAGGAGACGGGCCAGGACCCCGCGUUGGCCAUGCCAGUCUACUCGUGGGAAACGCCUUCAUUGUUUUUGGAGGUGACACAAAAUUGGCCGACAAUGACGACUUGGAUGACACUCUGUACCUUUUGAACACUUCAACCAAGCAUUGGUCGCGAGCCCUUCCGCAGGGCCCUCGUCCGACUGGGCGAUACGGGCACACGCUCAACAUACUAGGCUCCAAGAUUUACAUCUUCGGUGGUCAGGUAGAGGGUUUCUUCUUCAACGAUCUUGUCGCAUUCGAUCUCAAUUCGCUGCAAUCCUCUGCUAGUCGUUGGGAAGUCUUAUUGCCAAAUACCAAAGACCAAGGGUCUCUUCCGGCUCGGGCACCACCUGCUCGUACAAACCAUUCGGUUGUUACGUGGAACGACAAGCUAUACCUUUUCGGUGGCACGGAUGGCGUCACUUGGUUCAAUGAUGUUUGGACAUAUGACCCGCGCACGAAUUCCUGGACUGAUCUUGAUUGCAUUGGCUACAUACCGGUGGCUCGUGAAGGCCAUUCUGCCGCUCUCGUCAAUGACACCAUGUAUAUUUUUGGGGGCCGUACUCAAGAGGGCAUUGACUUGGGCGAUCUGGCAGCUUUCCGAAUCUCAUCUCGCCGCUGGUACAUGUUUCAAAACAUGGGGCAUUCACCCUCCGCACGUUCAGGACACAGCAUGACUUCGUUUGGCAAACAUGUGGUCGUGCUGGCAGGAGAACCGAGUUCUUCUGUGGCUGACAGGAACGAACUCAGUCUCGGCUACAUCUUGGACACCUCCAAGAUCAGGUAUCCGCCCAAUGAAAAUUCACCUCCUCAGCAGACACAGAAUCCGCAGCGAAAGCUCAGCGGGGGUGAAAAAGGCAAUUUAUCUGGCAAGGCCACAUCGCCUCCCACAAGAGAAAGUAUGAUGGCUGGGCAACAGCAGGCGCGAGCUGCUGACGGUAUCGGGGGCGCUGUAGGUGCAGCUGGGUCGCGACUCCCUCGUGCCGCUGGUCAGCAAAACCCUGGUCCUCCCCCGCUACAGCAACCACCUCAGCCUCAGAGAAUGAACGGCCAAAAUCCGCAAGUCAUGGCAAAUGGCAGGGCGAAAACCCCAACCAAGAAUGAUCGUGUUUACGGUCCACCUGUGGAUACCGGAGCUGCAGUUACACAAGAACGAGAAAACUUCUCGCCAACGGUCCGAGGGAGCCCAUCCGCUGACGUACAACGCAAAACCUCCGAUGCAGUCUCCCACCGAACUGCCAAAGAAUCAAUGGAUACCAUGCGCUCUGCUAGUACUGUUUCCCGCAAUACCAACCGAUCCCACCGACAGCAUCCCUCCCAGGAGAGUGUGGAACAGGCAGCACAACACGAAGCACAGCAUCAGCGCGGCUCGAGUCGUGAGGUUGACCCUGUCCCUGCCGAAAGUGCUUCGGGCGCAUCACCUGCUGUCGGACAGUACAACGAUGAACUCGCUCGCGAACUCGAAACAGUCAAGAAUCGAAACGCCUGGUAUGCCUCGGAGCUUGUGCUUGCACGCAAAGCGGGCUACAAUCCGGGCUCAUCAACGAGUCCGGUUUUUGAUGAGCGCUCAGCGGACGCAUUCCGUGAAGAGGACAAGCCAUUACUCGAAGCACUGCUCAAGAUGAAGGCUGAGCUUGAGCGUGUCCAAGCAUCUAUCACUGCGCAAGGCGAGGAUGCUGCCAAAAGGAUCGCAGAGGUUGAGAAACAGCGAGACGCGGCUGUGAACGAGGCAAUAUAUGCUAAAACCAAGCUUGCAGCUCACGGUGGCGGCAGUCACAACGGCACUCCGCAACCCGACGCGGUUCCCAAUGCUGGAUCACCUGAAGUAGAUCGCAUGCAGGACAUGAACCGUCGACUGGCAGCCUCACUGGCAGCGCAAGCGGAGAUGUCGACUAAGCUUGAGCAACUGUCGCAUCAGAUCGAGGCAGAGAGAAAGUCGAAGCAAUUGGCGGAGGAAACGGCAGAAGCCGCUCAAAAGCGUGUACAAGAGCUCGAUUCGACCCGUCAGAAAGCUACGGCAGAGUCUGAGAGGCUGCGCGCCGAGUUGCAUGAAGCUGAACGCAUCGCACGAGAAGUGUCUACAUCCGCCGCCGAAGCUGAAACAUCCUCAAAACUGCUAGCGAUUGACAAGCAAGAGCUCACUGCCAAGGUGACUCGUCUCUCUGAAGAGUCCAGGUCGCAUGCCAGCGUCCUUCAAAACUUGCGUGACGCCGUGCUGGCAUCCUCGGAGAAAUCGGCGCUACUAGAGAAGAAGCUGGAGGAGGAGCAGACUCAGAGUGAAGCUCUUCGCCAGAAGCUCGCAAAACUUCGCGCCGAACACGAAGCUCAAGUGGUCGAGCUCGAAACAGCGUCCCAAAGACUUCGUAACGCAGAGGAACUCGCAGAGAGACAUGCUCAGGAGGCCCGCCAUCACCAACAAGCCGUUCUCUCUGGGCUGGGAAGCAUCACCAACAGAGCGCUUGGCGACGAGGAUGCUGUUGACGAACGGAUCGCCAUUCUCCGGCAACAAAUCGAAGUCGCCAACGCCAUGGCUCGCCGUCAUCAGACCGCGGCCGACCAAGCUUCCGAGAAACUCCGUCGCGCUGAGGAAAGGAUUGCAGGUCUUGAGGCAUACCAAGAACAGUCGAGCCGCGAAGGCUUGACGAUUAGGAAGCAGUUGCAGCAAUCCAUGCGGGACAUGCAGGCUGCCGAUGCCGAGAAGGUCGAUCUUCGCCAGCAAUAUGAACGACUGCGCCUCGAAAGUAAUGCUUUUGAGGUCCAGCUCAAGACGCUCAAGAACUUGCUCGAUGAGCGAGGAGUGAAUGCCCACGAUGUUCGCCGCUCGAGGGGGCUUGACAGUCCAAACUCUAGAUUUGGGACUCCAGAACUCAAUCGGGUCCGCGAAUUGGAACAGCAAGUUGAUUCGAUGAACAAAACACAUGAAGAGCUCCGAGCUGUCUUUGAACAGCGUGAACAUGAAGUGAGCAAAGAGUGGGAGGAGAAGCUGCAGGCACUGCACAAUGAUCAUCAAGCCGCAGUGAAAUAUCUUCGUGGGACAGAGAAGAUGCUUGCAAAGAUGAAGCAAGAGCUUGAUCGUUACAAGACCGCAAACUCCAAGCUCGAGGAAGAGCUCAAUCAAGCCAGACAGGACCAAGGCAUGACCCGUGAGCAGACUGCAGGAUGGGAAGCAGAACGAACUGCAUCUCGAGAGGCACAAGACAACAUGAAAGCCACUAUUGCGCGUCUCGAGGAUCAGGUGUCGAGCAUGCAGGCUGAACUUGCAACUGCUCGUGAACAGGCUGAGAUUGCUACCCAGAACACGAAGCAAGCCGAGUCUGUCGCCAACCAAGCCCGUGCCGACCUGGAAACUCUUCGUCGUCAGUACGCUCUGGUGGAGGAUCGCGCUCGUGAGGCUGAGAGCCGCGUGCAAAUCUUCCUCGAUCAAUUCGAAUCAUCCGUCGACAACUAUCGCCGCCAGUCACAGGUGCCAACGGGUAGUAUGAAUGGAGCUGAGCUCGGACAUCGCGCAACGCACGACAGCGUAGCUUCAUCAGAUUCCUUGUACAGCCAUCAGGGCGAUUCAAAUCAUCUUGAUGCACCGAACCGCCCAUCCUCAGCUACGAACCGCAACUCCGUGGCUCUUGACAACUUAGCUUCCGAGCUAGACGCUCUUAGAAGCCAUUGGGAGACCACCAACAAGGCAUACCGCCUUAGCGAUCGCUUUGACUUCGAGCCCUCUGUAGCAGGCGACCACAAUGACGGCAGCGAAUCUCCCACACAUUGGAAAGGAAUGAUGACUGAAAAUGAUAACAAAGCAAAGGCCUUGGAAAAGAAGGAUGUGGACUUUACCCGAUCUGAUUCUUCUACCGUUGGUGGUGCAACAGGACUCCCUGUUGCCUAG